GUGUUGUUGUGUAAACAUGUGUUGAUUGAUCAUGUUUGUGUAGAUUCAAUAAUUUUAUUACUGGGGUUGGUUACCAGUCAAAUAUUUAUCGAAUCUAAUUAGCGAUAGCGUCAAUGAACGAGAGUUUGAAGCUAGUUUCAAAACAUCUGUAACUCAAGACUGAUAAUAUUUGUUUUGUGAGAGAUGCUUGUAGCAAUGGAUGUCUUCGUGUUUCUCUGUUGGAUGGUUUUUGUUUUUGUAGGAGAGACAACCGCUGAAGAAACGGGCCACAAGCUGGAGGAAUGUACAACAAAGAAAUGCGAAUAUUUAGGAAAGCGGACCAAGUCAUUUAUGGACCUAACAGUGGACCCGUGCACCGACUUUUACAAAUACGCAUGUGGCAAAUUUCGUCCACAAAGUGCGAGCUCCACGUCUGUCAUUGAUCAUUUGAACAAAGAAAAUUUGAAAUUCAUCACUCAAAAGUUGAACACGUCAAAGACUGAAGGUUACCUGCAUUUCAAAAAAGCAAAAAUCUACUAUCAGUCAUGUAUAAAGGCGGAAGCCAACGACGAACUUCCAUCGUUCAAAGCAUACCUGGAGUCUCUGAAAACCGAUUGGCCGACGGUCAAUGAGCAGUGGAAGCCUACUGAGUCGAGGAUCGCGGCCAUCUUGUUUGACAAGUACUCGGCUAACUUGGGCGAGCCGUUUUUCCGUAUCACCCAGAAGGUGGACCGAAACAAUAAACAGCGCUAUCUCAUACACUUUGACUACCCAAGAGAAACUGUUGGAGGCCGCGAGUUUGAUGUUGUUUCACAAGAACAGUACUAUAAUCUAUUGGCUGCGAAAGUCGGAGGAAUCAGCUCAGAUGGUGCCGGUGACGCCGUGGCAUGGUCCGGCCUUGUGUCGACCAGAAAUUCACUGAUCACGUCACUUGGAGAAAAUGACCAUCAAAGUUUUUAUAAAGAGAUGACCUUAGAAGAGUUGGAGACCAAAAUACCUUGGAUGAACGUUGGACUGAUAAUUAAAAGAAUGUAUGAGGCUGCAGACAUCUCCAUAUCGCCUCAGGAGCCUAUAGGUGUAGUCGAUGAGAGGUACCUAGAGCAGUUGGUCCAGCUCUUUGAAAUGCUUGACACGAGACAAAUUACAAACGCGUUUGUUUUUCACGAUAUGCUCGAGCGAAUCGACAGACUGACCGCUUCAAUGAAUGCCAUACACAACCAAGCAUACCAGAGUCCCACGCCAAAUCUUAGGUUCCGGUGUCACGAGGAAGUGAGCAGGUACUUCGGAGAAUCCUUGAUAAACACCUACGAUACCACCUACUAUCUAAGUACUGCCCGGCCAGAGCUAGCAGAGUUCACCAAAAAGAUAGUUUUCGAAUUCAAUCGAAGUAUAGCUGAUAAAAAGCUUUACGCCAAAACAAAGGAGGGAUUCGAAAAGAAGGUGAACAACUUAUUCGUCUACUACGGUUUACCUUUGACUGGCAGAAACAAUGUCAAUACUGAGAGACAACGCAUCAAUGCUGAAUACGCUUCGAUCCAAAUGAAAGACGAUGACUAUUUUCACAACAGGUGGGAAGCUAGGUGGAAGUUGAUGACACGAGAACUCAAAAGACUUCGCAAGGUACCACUGAGGCCUGAGUUCCCAGGCAGAAUUCCGUUGCAAGCAGAAGUUCUAUACUCUCCGCUCCACAACUACCUGUAUAUCUCACCAGGCAUGCUGAAUUACCCCAUGUACGAAGUCAGAGUACCGCCAGUUAUAAAUUUCGCCGCUUUAGGAACCCACAUAGGCACUGCCCUGGCCCAAAUGUUGGACGCUGAAGGUCGCGCCUACAAUGAACGUGGAGAGCCCAUACAAUGGAUUCAUCCCAAUGACCAACGGAAAUUCGAAUGGCAGAAGAUAUGCAUGACGUAUAAGUAUCUCUCAAUGUUCCGUAAUUUCACCGCCAUCCAACUGACCAGCUCUCACAUCUUCGAAGUAGACAAGAUAAUAGCAGAGUCACUAGGCGUUGAGCACGCAUACUGGGCAUAUGAAACUAACAUGUACUUUGGAGACCGGUCUGCACUGCCAAUGUUUAAAGAUCUCACUGCACCACAAAUGUUCUUUCUGCAGUACGCACAGUCUCGAUGCCAAAUUGGGGGAGAAGUCAUUGAAAAUUCUACGCAUACCCAUUUUAGGGUCAAUGGUGUGUUACGCAAUGUCCAGCCGUUUAGACAAGCCUUUUCAUGCCCCGAGGAUUCGUUCAUGAGUCCGUACAUCAUGUGCAGCGGCUAAAGCUCUCACACCAGGGGUUGCACGUGCAAUGAUUGUUACUACAUUUGAAGGGGAAGAAAUAAAAGCGAUGAA